AUGAGUGAGGACCACCCACCCAAGGGAUUGCCAGAAGAAAAGAACGUGGAUCCGGCCGAGGGAUCCACGCUGAAUAACGGUUCGAUCCGCAUCAUGAAGCCUGCCACCAUCAGCAUGGAAGUUCGCCGAAGUGUCCUCCGUCGGAUUCUCUUACAGGGCCAAGAGGAACCCGACUCGGAUCACACUCAGGAUGAUGCCCAAGACUCGGAUGACGAGCCUCUCUCGAGUCAAGACGUGCCCGAUGCCUGGCGAGAUUACCUAAAAGCCAGUCUACCUAAGGGCAAUUGGUUGGCCUUGUGGGACGCCAAUCCUUCGGAUGAGUUAGAUUCGAGGCGUGCUAGCCAGGAUCUCCGACAUGACAGUAGUACCAGUAAUCGUCGGAGCAGUAUGACCAUGGUCGAUGUUUUGUGCUAUAACUGGCAGGAUUUUUCGGCGCGGGUGGCGGUCAUGGAUCCGGAUCUGUCGGGCACAGGUCCAUUUGACGAGAGCCAGUCGUCCGUGAUUAGUUGUCCGGCCUUGGAAGAAGAUGAGUUGAGCGUGCCUUUGAUGGAGCUCUUGGUCAUUCAGGAUGAGGACAAAGCCCGCCAUGAGCUGGAAUUGGCGGCCUACGCUCUCAACCAGUUCCAGUUCUUUCAUCGAUAUCUGUGGCGUCCUUGGGACAAUGAACAGGCUGAGCCCACCAGUGGGCCCGCUUGGUUUCUCACCCACUUGAACCUCCGCUUGGAUUUGUACACUCAGCAUCAGGUCCAGGGCAAUCGCAGUCCCAUUUGGGUUCGCACUCAGGCCUUGAUUCGCGAGUAUACCGCCCUCAACCACGAAUGGAAUGACCUUCACGCCCAACUGGAUGCAUCCCAUGACCUGGCGUUAGAAGACCUGGAGCCCUCGUUCACUCAUCUCGAAUUGAAAAUGAUGGAGAUUCGGAGACAAGGCGAUCUGGUGGAGAAUCUGGCUCGUCGGGGCAACCUCCAACGAGCCCAACUCCAAGAACUCCGACGGAAACGAGAUGUGGGGGUCACGGUGUGUCAUAUCGUGCGAAAUGACCAAUCCACCUCAGCGCUGUUUGACCUUUUGGAACGGGCCAAAUCGCAAGCCUUCAUCCACGAAGACACCGUGCUCAAGUUCUACUCUAGUCCGGACCAGGCCAUCGAGCAUUGCCUCAUGGGGGAUAUGGUUCUCUUCGCGUCGGGUUCGUACGGCAUUCUGGAAUUGGGCGAGCUCAGAUUGGGCGGGACCAUCGCCGGAUUGGGCGACCGUCCUAAGGACACAUAUGUGAUUUCCAGCGUUCAGUACGACUUCUUGGACGACACGCCCAACCUGAAAGUGGUCAACCUGACCUUGAUCUGCGACACUUGA